AUGGCCGACCCACCACCAGUCACCACUCCCACAGCCUCUGCUGUGAAGCCCAUAGCUCCACGGCAGCCUUCACUCUGUAUGAAGCCAGCUCAAUCUCCGUCAGGUGCAUCGCCUCCCUCGGCUCCCCAGCCCUCUCUGUCAUUGACGAGCAGAGAAUGGGUUAUUCCUACCCGCCCAAAACCCGGUCGCAAGCCUGCCACCGAUACUCCACCAACCAAGCGCAGAGAUCAGAUCCGAGCCUCCCAACGAGCCUUCGGGGAAAGGCGAGCAGCUCGAGUCGGAGACCUCGAGACCCGGAUAGAGCAGCUGGAGGAGAAGCAUAAAUGGGAAAAUGGGAUGUUGAGAAAAACUGUUGCCAAUCUUGAGAAGGAAGUUGAGCAGUAUCGUGCUGACGCGGUCACUUGCGCUGAUCGACGUGGAAGGCUGGAAAGCGAAUUGAGCGCAAUUAAGGCCGGCCCAAAACGGAAACCCAUUUCUAACUUCAACUCACCCGAUAAAGUACACGACACGGCCCUGAACGACCGGACUGUGGGAUGUGGAAACUGCACCUUGGAAGCCAGAUGCCAAUGUAUUGACGAUGCUUUUACCGCUGGGGGGGGGGAAGCUGCUAUGACGUCACAUUGGCACGAGAAACGAACCCACUCGCCAGUUCACAUCUACGGCGAGAAGAAGAUUAAACCCCAGCCAAAAGAAAACAUUGAGGUUGAUUCCACCGAGGUGGACAUAUCUAAAAGCUUCCCGAGCCUCACCAGACAGGAUAGAAGAUUGCCAACAUCUGCAGUUACUGAUUCUCAUGGUUUCUGUUCUGGCGGGCCCCCGUAUAUCUAUGCAGAGAUCGCCGUUGAACAGGAACAAGCCGAGUCCGCGUCGCCGAGCCUUCAACCACCCGUACCAAUCAUUGAUCCUCCCAAGCAGCUUGAUCAAAUCACUCCUCCACCAUCGGAAGACGAUCUAUCAAUUUCGAUUCCUCCUACAAUCCCGCCAUGGAGGUGUGCAUCAGGCCCGGGCACAUAUUCUCCAUGUCGUGCCGAUCCGAAUAGCGCCCUUUCCUGCAAUUCCCCCGCCGCGUCUCACGCCCAAUCAGCCGCGGCGUCAGGCUGUUGUAGUGGACAAGCUCCCGGAGACUCGUGCUGUCACAGCCAGACCCCAUCUCGCACGGAUUCAGUUCCCCUACCCGGUGGUGCCGAUGCAUACACAACUGCUGGGCUCUUUGUAGGUAGAUCUGUUAUGACCGGCACGCAGAUACCCACCGACACGGAGCUAGAGGGGGUCACUGGCCCCCCUGGACUCGGGGGUGACAGUCGUUCGAAAGUCCUAGUUGAGAGAGGGGUGAAAGCAUGCGAGACGGGUGAGAGGAGGAUUCUCGAGCCGACGACCCAGCGUGUUGCAUGGGGGGCAACUACUGAUAACCAGCACGGGGAUGACUCGCGAGUACCUGAAUUUCCAACCAAUGGCGCGGUCGUUGGUCUGACUGGAUCGGCGAUUCCGGGAACUGUAUCUGCGUCGGAGAAAGAGACUGGGUCUGAUGAACGCUCUCACCACCCCGCUGCUCAUGUUCUCAAACGCACCGCGCGAAGUGAUGACCUCGGCGUUUCACGCAAACGACGCAAACACUUUCAUCCGGACGUGAAGACUAAUAACUUGGGUGCGCCCCUGAUGGUGGAUGGCAUUGCGUCUAUGUCCGCCAAAACAGACCCGAUAGGCCAAGAGCCUUCCACAGUGGGAUGGACGCCACCACUGCCUUCCGAACGUCGAAGUCUUCGCUCUCAGACUCGAGCGGCAGCGAUGGAAAAGUCUCGGAGACUCUCCGGGGAAGAUCCUAAUGAUGGCUUGCCCCUCGCUAUUACAAGACGACGAAAUCAGCCGAAAGAACACCUAGGCUCUCUAGAACACGUCGCCAUGCCGGUAAUCCAUAAUCUGGGAGCUUCAAACGAGCAAAGCGACCGCCCGCAUCCCCUUCCUAAGAGGGUUAACGGCACUCGACACCUGCGGCCUCACCAUGGCAAGGCACAAUCUGGUUGGACAGAUGACGACGAAGAGCGAGCUCUUGAAAAGCUCCGAGAACGGGGCGUGAAGAUCGAAACCGACUCGGAGUCAGACGAGUCGUUCGGCGAUGACGAUGCUCCUCGUCAAGCACCACCACUCGUCACGGAUCGGCUGCAUCGCGUUCUCGAGUCACGACAUCCGUUUGAUGUGGAUCCGUCUUUAGAUUUACGCAAUCCAGAGAACCGAUACCAGGCCAUCGGUAAGAUUGCACCCUGGAAACGAAACCGCCCGACAAAGAAACAAUUGGUGAACAAUCUCCUUCUGUAUCAAUGUCGGGACAACAAGCUCAAGUUCGGGAACCCGCACUACAAUGUCAUGCGGAAGGGUGGCGAAGUCCCGGUCGUUGCGAUCAUUGAAAAGGACGACAUCUUGAAUACCCCGGAUGAAUAUCCAGGUCAGGAGCCCAAGAAGCAACAUGUUCCUAUGACGUUUCGAGAAUUUAUAGGAAUGCCUAAGCAGGCGACCAUCGCGCGGGGGAAAAGGAAAGGUGAGUUGGUAUUUGUCGAGAGACCGAACGACAGGGGCCGGUCCUCAUUGGGCGUGUCCAGGACAAGACGAUACAGAGACGAUGAAGUUUUUCCUUUCGUAAAUGGCUGA